AUGCUUCCACAACAAUCUUCAGUCCCAUCCAAUUCCGAUGAAAAUUAUACUUUUGAACAAUUCGAAAACCAACAAAGAUCCAUCGAACAAGAAAUUAAAAAGUUUCCACUUGUUGAUCCAAUUGCUUCUCCUCUCACUCUCUCAACUCUGGCCUAUAAUGUCGGAGAUCAGGUGAUUCAGGAAAAGAUUGGACGAUCAUACUUGUUAAAAAAGUAUUCUCAUAUCCGAGGAAUCAGAGGUGAUGGUAAUUGUUUUAUCAGAGCUUUUGUUUUCGGAUUGUUGGAUUUCUUGAUUAGGAAAAAGGAUAAGACUCUAACUCAACAGAUGAUUGAUAUUAUUGAUCAACAUUAUAAAUACUUGAUUGAAGUAUUGAAUUAUCCGGAACAUUGUUUAGAAGACUUUUACAGCAUAACAAAGGAGGUUUUUGAAAAAGUGAGAGAUGGUGUGAUCCAUACAGUUGAAGGCUUGUUGGAACAUUACUUUUCCGAUAAGACUACUGAUCUCAUGAUGACCUCUCAAGCAAUUGUGUGCUUUAUGAGGUUCUUGUUGAGUGGUCACAUUCAGAUGAAUUGCGAUGAUUAUUUACCAUUUUUUUUGGAUCAAUAUGCCACAGCAAAAGAGUUCUGUCAUGCUGAAAUUGAGAUUAUGGAUCGAGAUUGUGACAAUAUUCAUCUGAUGGCCAUGACCAGCGCAUUUAAAGUUUGCAUUAGAGUUGAAGUUUUGGAUGCUCAAUCUCGAGCAAGUGACAAAUUUGACGUCUUUGGGUAUACAAUUCCUGAGUGCUCUGACAAGGAGCCAGUUGUGUAUUUACUCUUCAGACCUGGACAUUACGAAAUUAUUUAUCCAAGGGAAAAUCAAUAA